GCAGUCGCAUACGGUUGUUUCCAUAUGAACAAACUGUUUUUUUUUAAGCGGAGUGCGGUGCUGAGAAAUUCGUAAAGCUCCUUUUUGAAACCUUGUAUUUUAUGUAACGGCCGUGCGGUGCAACCAAUAUCCAAGCGGAAGGAGGUCCACACACUCCCCCGGCGCCGCCUGAGCGUGGUCGUCCUGCUCCGCACUUUAAGCACCGCCACCCCCACCAGCGCCCCCCAACCCGUGAAACAUUACGCGAAAAUCGAUUUCGACUGCAGGCGCAGGAAGAAACAGCAGAAAGUAUGUCCCACGGCGAUGUGGACCCAGAGUUAGAGAUGACAUCGCCCCACUGGAUGCAUAGGGAAGCUGAAAGUUGUCCAAGGAUGCACACAAUCUGGAGGCUAGAGCGCUGGCGGAGCAGCAUGCUUCUCCUAAUCGGACUGGCCUUGUGCGUCCUUCGGGCCCCUGGAUGCAGUGCCACGGACACGGACAUUGCGCUGGACGCCAAGGCCACGCUCAAUCACCGGAUCCAGAGCCUGGAUCUGCUGGUCUUCGUGUUCCUACUGGCACUCACAGUGCUCACUAUUUGGCUGUUCAAACAUCAUCGCGUCUCCUGGCUCCACGAGACCGGAUUGGCCGUCAUCUACGGCCUGAUUGUGGGAGCAAUUAUACGGUAUGCCGGCACCUCCGCCACUUUGGUUCACAUGCAGGUGGAGCCUCAAGGAGUUCCAACGUACAGCGAUAAAUUGCCGCCUGAUACACUUUGGUUUAGGUACCCUGUUAACCAAACAAAUAGCACAAAGCUACCCGAGGGAAUUAAGACAUAUGCCUACGUGUUUCGCGGACAGGUACACGAUGUGGAUGAAAAUGAAAUCGAUCUUAAGGCUACGUUCGAUCCGGAGGUCUUUUUCAAUAUCAUCCUGCCCCCAAUUAUAUUUUAUGCUGGCUAUAGUUUGAAAAAGAAAUACUUCUUUCGCAAUCUGGGUGCCAUACUUACGUUUGCCAUUGUGGGCACGACAUUGUCGGCCUUCCUGAUCGGAGGCUUCAUGUACGGCUGUGUGAAACUGAUGCCAAAUUACUUGAGUAGCAGUUUCUCAUUCCUGGACACCUUAUACUUUGGAGCCCUGAUAUCGCCCACAGAUCCGCUCACCAUUCUAGCCAUAUUUAACGAUCUUCGGGUCGACGUAAACUUAUAUGCGCUAGUCUUGGGCGAAUCUGUGCUCAACGAUGCCGUGGCCAUUGUCCUCAGUGGAGCCAUUCAAAAUUAUGGUGAACACUAUUCCGAUACUGGGGAAUUUGAAACUACAGCUUUUCUACGCUCGUUAAGCGACUUCUUCUCUAUCUUCUUACUAUCUCUGAUGAUUGGCGCGGCCAUGGGAUGCUUGACAGCAUUGAUGACCAAAUUUACUCGGGUUCGAGACUUUCCUUUACUAGAGUCCGCGCUCUUCGUGCUCAUGAGCUACAGCACCUUCCUGCUGGCUGAGGCAACAGAACUUACAGGAGUGGUGGCCGUGCUCUUCUGUGGCAUCUGCCAGGCUCACUACACGUACAACAACUUAUCGGAGGAUUCCCGCCAAAGGACAAAACAGAUAUUCGAGCUCCUGAACUUUCUGGCAGAGAACUUUAUCUUUUCCUAUAUUGGCGUAUCGAUGUUCACCUUUCCCAAGCAUCAUUUUGACGCUGGGUUUAUUAUAACAGCUUUUAUUUGCGCUGCCAUAGGAAGGGCCGUGAAUGUGUAUCCCUUGUCGUGGCUGCUGAACAUUAGGCGCAAGCCGAAGAUUUCAUCAAACUUUCAGCAUAUGCUGUUCUUUGCUGGACUUCGUGGCGCCAUGUCCUUUGCCUUGGCCAUCCGAAAUACAGUGUCGGAUGCACGACAGACUAUGCUGACUGCCACAUCGCUGAUUGUCAUCUUUACGGUUGUAAUUCAGGGUGGGGCUGCCAAUUUCCUGCUGAAUUGGUUGAAAAUACCCGUUGGCGUGGACGAUGAGACUGAACAACUAAAUAACUAUCAAGUACACAGUGUUUACAAUUCAAUGGACAAUUCACAUCCGCAGACGUCUGAUGGUUAUUUGCAGGAUGUGGAGGGCGGUGGGGUAGGUCGCGGAAAGGUGCGCUUGUCCGGUGGAACAGAUUCUAACUUGGACACGUCAGUGGACGGUCCGAAUGGCAGUUUGGGCGGAGCAAGCAGCGGUCGUCGUCGCAACAGUCACGAGAAGGCCAUUCUGGCAAGGAUCUGGGGAAACUUCGAUACCAAGUACAUGAAGCCCUUGCUGACGCACUCGCGACCCACUUUGCUGGAGACACUGCCCGUUUGCUGCAACCCCAUUGCCAGGCUGCUUACCACCACGCAGCAGCUAACGCAGGAUGGUAGCGAGUUCAGGCGCGUGGACUCGGACUCGGACAUUUGCAUAGACAAUGAUACCGGGAACGGUCUUAGCCAGGAUGCAACCGGAGCGGUUCCGGGUUCGGGUGUGGGCGUGGGGCGGCGGAACUCGCUGAGUCGCGUAAGUAUCAAGUAUACCGCCGAUAAUCACCAUCUACUUGCUAGUUACCGAAAUAUUGAAUAACCGAAUGAGCGAAGCACCCCAGACACCAAAGACUAAUCUAAGCGUAGCAAGCUGGCCACUAACAAAGUAACAAAAAACCUCAGAUAAACCAAAAUCCGAAUGAAUCUACACCAUAGAGACUUCGGCAAAGUAGACAUACAGACAUAUUGUUAUAUGAAUUGGCCGUGAAAAUGUGAUUUUUGUUUAGCGUUAUUUUGCUUUUGUAUAAUUUUAAUGUUAAAUUUGUGGUGUAAGCGGAAGAAGAUCCAGUAAUUUACACCUCUCAAUAUGGUUGACUAAUUGUUUAAGUUUGUGCGACGGCAAGCGAUUUCCAGUAUAUUUAACACCUAUGUAAUAUUAUUUUGACUGUUAACUACUACUAAAUGCAUGCUUACAAAUAUAACCAAAAUGUAACUACUCUCUCGGCGAUGAUCUAAUUUAUUUAUUGAUUUAUGCGGCAUAUUUCUUUCUUUCUGUCUUUCCUUCGACCAAUCAAUCAAUCGAUCAUCUAACAAACUCAUGCGGACUCUAUCAAUUUAACUUUGGUUGCUCUAACAACAAUAACAACAACUCCAACAACUAAUUACAAACUGCAUUCAUCCAAAAACAAUAAUCUAUCUAUGUCAACCGGUCUCGUUUUAAUGCUAAACAUUGGUAAUGCCCAUACAAAAGUCUGUUCAAUUGAACGAAGCCCAUCACCUAGCAAAUGAAAUCAGCCUGGUUACUAAUAAUUUCAUGUAAUCGAAAGAUCGGGCCAUCUAUCUUUGUAUUUGAUUUAUUUGUUAUUUAUAUAUACAUUUUUUUGUUCAAUUCUGUCUACUUUUCCUUGGUAAACCCACUGUUGAAACGAAGCACAGACGGAGACCCAGACAUGAUUAACUUAGAAACGAGUCAGUGAAAUUGAUAUCCGAUUAACCAAAGCUUCUUAGAGCACAGCAGUCAGGAAUGUUCGUUUAUAUUGUUCACUUUUAAUUUCUGUAUUUUUCCUCAUAAUCUAAUUUCUUAGAUUCUAACACGCGACUAACCAUGUAAGUACAAAUUCAAUUGCAGUUGAUUUCCUCAUUUUUAUAACGCCUAUUGUACAUAAAAGCGCAACUCAAGUCAAAAAUAACAAUUACUUCACUUUAAUUUAUAAGUCCCAGUGUUUUCAUUUUUUGUUAAUCAUUUUGUUUGCUUUUAGGUUGGAGGCGAUCAUCGAAAUGCUUACAUAUAAGUUCAAUUAGUGUUUAGUUUUCUUUUGUUAUUUAUUGAAUUGGUCUCAUUUGAAAUCGAAAAUGUGAAAAAUGUACAAAUUAGAAUAUUACUUUUCAGUUUCUCCUUGUUUAUGAUAUGUGAUUCGGAACUCUAGUAAUCUAGUAAUAAACAUAAAUUUAAUAUCAA